ACUUCAACGUAAGCUGGCUGCUCGACGAUGGCUCAGCUAAUUUUCUGUGCAAGGUCACCUGCCCUAGCGAAGGAAUCAUGGACGAAGCCAUGGCCAGGCAGCAGUGCAAUGGCACUGGAUGUUGCAGUUACUACAUAUUUCUUUAUGGAUCCCGUACUGUUUCCAGCUUGAACCUCCAGUUCGUAAGGAAUGACGACCCCAAAGCAAAUCCUAAACAGCCUAAUAGCUCUUUGUGGGACAGAAUCAGCGUUGAAAGCGACGGCAUGUGGCUUUCUUGGGUUGUGGCAGAUGAGCCAAGUUGUGCAGCUGCGUCGGUGAACAAGACCAAGUAUGCAUGUGUUAGCAAGCACAGCACCUGCACUGACAAGUUGCCUUCAUACGUCUGCAUGUGCGAACCUGGGUAUUCUGGCAAUCCUUACGUGGCAGAUGGAUGCAUGCGUGAUACAGGGUACAAUCCAGCUCCACGCAAGGCAAAUUGUAGCCGAUCCUGUGGGGACAUCACUGUUCCAUUCCCAUUCGGCCUAGAUGAAGGUUGCUCCGCGAGAAAAGAAUUGCAGCUCGACUGCACUGACAAGAAACUCUUUUGGGGUGAGUUCUUGGAAAGUCACUAUGUUUCACACAUCAAUAUCAGUGAAGGGACCAUGGGAGUUACAAGAACUGAUUCGUAUGUGGCUCCUGGGUAUUUCUACACAAGUUCAGCAAUCAGUCAAGAUUUGAACUGGGUGGUAGCCAAUCUUACCUGCCAGGAGGCACCACAGAAUAUCACCACUUAUGCGUGCAUUAGCCUUAACAGUGCAUGCUUGGGUGUCAACUCAGCAAACGAAGACUCUCAGCAAUAUGUUGGUUACCGAUGCAAAUGCAAGGCUGGCUUUCAAGGGAAUCCAUAUGUCCUAAAUGGUUGCCAAGAUAUUGAUGAGUGUGCAAUGACACCUGGCAUUUGCAGUGGACAACAAUGCCAAAACACCAUAGGAAGUUACCAUUGCACAGAAUGCCCUUAUAAAACACAUUAUGAUUCGACAGUUAUGCGGUGCAUCCACGAAAAAAGAAAAUUAAGUCUUCUAUCAGGUAUCAUGAUUGGGUUUGGUGCUGGAUUUGGAAUUUUACUGCUGGCCUUGUGUGCAACAUUUGCUAUCCUUAGAUGGAGAAGGCACGCUCAAAGGAGACUGCGUAGGCAAUAUUUCCAUCAGAACAAAGGCCUUCUCCUUGAACAAUUAAUAUCAUCUGAUGAAAAUACAAAUGACAAGACAAAAAUCUUCUCCUUGGAAGAGCUAGAAAAGGCAACAAAUAAUUUUGAUGAAACACGGAUCCUUGGUCGUGGAGGGCAUGGCAUGGUGUACAAAGGAAUCUUAUCUGAUCAACGUGUUGUGGCAAUAAAAGUAUCUAAGGUCAUUGAGCAGAGCGAGAUCAAUCAGUUCAUCAAUGAGGUUGCUAUUCUCUCACAAAUAAGCCAUCGGAAUAUCGUGAAACUUUUUGGAUGUUGCCUUGAAACAAAGGUACCAUUAUUGGUAUAUGACUUUAUUUCAAACGGUUCCCUGUAUGAUAUUCUUCAUCCAUCAUUGGAAAGCAAAUUCUCCUUAUCAUGGGAAGACUGCCUGAGAAUUGCUGCUGAAGCUGCAGGGGCACUCUAUUAUCUUCACUCUGCAGCCUCUGUCUCGGUCUUCCAUCGUGAUGUCAAGUCAUCUAAUAUACUCCUUGAUGCAAACUACACAGCUAAAGUUUCAGACUUUGGAGCUUCCAGGUUGGUUCCAAUUGACGAAACACAUGUCGACACACUUGUACAAGGCACAUUUGGCUACUUAGAUCCAGAGUAUUACCAUACGGGUCAACUGAAUGAAAAAAGUGAUGUAUAUAGUUUUGGUGUGGUGCUUGUGGAGCUGCUAAUUAGAAGAAAACCUAUUUUUACAAAUGAGACAGGCUCCACACAGAACUUGUCAAGUUACUUUCUCUCAGAGUUUAAUUCAAGGCCAAUCGAGGAGAUAAUUGCUGCUGAAAUUCGUGAAGAAGCAACAAAGGAAGAGAUUAGCAGUGUUGCCUCCCUCGCCAAGAUGUGUUUGAUGCUUAGAGGUCAGGAUAGACCUACUAUGAAGCAAGUCGAAAUGGCAUUGCACACCCUGCUAACAAAAAGGGCAAAGUACCGCAUUAUUGGUACACGAGAAAACAAUCAUGAUAUGCAGCCGUUGCUAUAUUCUUAACAUAUUCCUAGAGAAAAUUAUGGAGAUUA